AGAGAAACAAGACUUAUAUUUCCUUAUGCACCAUUCGAUGUGAAUGACUAGGACAGAUUGAUUGGUAUGUUUGUGAAUCACAAGAUUAAAAGUUUUUGGGAGAGAAAUAGAAUGAAUUUCGGAGACAAGUUAAUGGAUUCAAUUCAAUGCAGCGCGCUAUGUAACAGAUUGAAUGAAUGCAGGGAUGCCUGUGACUACGUUUAUGAUGAAAUCGAUUAUAUACAAAACAAAUUGGAGACCCCAAUGCCAUGGAUUGGCAUGUAUAUUGCAGCAGCUUCUGUACUCUGCUCCCUUGCAAUGGCAGCUGAUGCCUUCCAUGGUUUUCAAAGUAAAAGGCUAUGGUUCCCAUGUGACCUUCGCUGGCAAUGGAUGCAUCCAGUUUUGGAGUUCCAUUACGUGCUGCUUCUUGCUGUUCCAAAGCUUUUGAUUCAAAAUAUUCAAGCCAUGCAGCAGCAUCCUGCAAUUACAUGGUAUAUCAGUUACCCUUUCAUAACAUUCUUCAAAAUUAAUUACCUAUUGAUAUGCAUCUAUUUGUAAAUCAAAGCUAGUACAUUUAUGUAUUUGAAGAUGCUACUUCCCAUAAUAAUGGGCAUAGAAGUGCCUGACGGAAAUUUUAGUGAGCAUAAAUAUCUUUGACAUGAAGAAGAGUUACUAGUUAAAUAACUCUCUGUUAUCUUUCAGUAAUAUAAGCCUCAUUCUUUCCCUUUCCCUAGCUUUUCUUGUAUCAAAUAAGGUAUCAAAAGGUAUACUUUCCUUAAGAAAACUCUUUAUCUUCUCCUUCCACCACAUGGACAAGACAUAGCUCAAAACAGAAAAACCAGAGUACAAGUGUAGCCUGAUGGUUAUAGAAUUUACUGUAAACCAGUAAAGGUAAACCAUGAGAGAGAAUUUUGU